AUGGGUUUAUUUGGCGCAUUAGCAGGAGUUGCAUCCAGAUUUUUGCCCGCAGUUGGAACAAUAGCCAGAGGUGUAUUUGGAGUUGGAAGGAAGAUUUUGAGUACAUUAGGUAUACUUAAAGAGAAAGCACAACCUAUUAUACAAACUGUACAGAAAGGUUGGGAUGUAGCACGAGAUGCAACAAAUCUUAUUCCAAAUCCUGAAACAAGAGGAAAAGUUCAAGGAUGGAUGGACAAUGUAG